GUCAUUUGAUGCUACCAGCCAUUUAACAAAAACUGCUGUUUCCAACUCAACACAUCCGAAUCUGUGCCGAUCAAAACCAAGACUACCAUCUCAUGACCAGGGAAAACUGAACUGACAUUCUGUGAGAAGCUUUCUAUACGGCAGGAUCAACAUGAUCUACAAAGGCAUCCUCUGGGCAUUCACGGCUGUUCUGUUUACUGGUUGGGUCUUCACGUAUGAUGAAGACCAAUGUUCUGAUAAGGCGUCAAGACACUCAUGUAACUGGACCUGUAUGCUUCUCACUCUUCAAUGGCCUGGGAGUUUCUGCAUAAGCCUUAACAAUACAAAUAUUUGCAAAAUACCACAGACUGUUCAAAACUGGACUAUCCAUGGUUUAUGGCCUGAACAUACUGGUCACUGCUGUGACUGCUGGCCGAUAUUUCAUUCCCAUCUGCAGGACAUUGAACCUGACCUUUCUCAGCUGUGGCCUUCACUAGUGAAAGCUAAGAACUACUUCAUCUUCUGGAAGGAAGAGUGGAUUAAACACGGGACUUGUGCAGGUUGUGAUGAAACUAUGGGCUCACCGGUUCAUUACUUCCAGACUGCAAUCAAGCUUCGGAAACUCUAUGACAUCGAUAGUGUCUUAAAAACUUCUGGAAUCGAAACCUCCUGUGACGUGUCGUAUAAAUAUGAUGACAUAAGUAGUGUCCUGGAACCACUGUUUGGGCGGAAUUACGACUUGCAGUGCGUGACAGACAAGAAGGGUCGUCAAGUGUGGGUCCAACUGAAGAUAAAUCUCUUCAGAAACCAAACGCUUGGAUGCCAUAAACAAGAGCAAAAGCAGUUGUUUAAUACCACAGCGUGGCUUCACAGUCCAGGACAUCCCUGUCCAAAAAACGAAAGCAUCUUUUACUUUCCAAUUAACUAUGAGCAACCCCAUGAACCUUGCAACUCGAGCCAUUCCAGACAAGCUUAGGUCAGCGCGUGUCUGAAUAAUAUCUUCCCUCUUUUAAUAAACAAGCUACAUUAAACCUAAAGAAUUCAGCCUUUGGA